ACAGAAGCAGAGAGUAUGUAAGUGGGUGAAUGAGUUUGGGGGGGGGAGGUGAUAUUUAAGCCACUGGCAAACUCUCUCCCCAUCCAUCUCUGCCUUGGCUCAGUCCCCUGCACCUCUUCGAAGACAAAGGAGGCCCUCCAUCAGCACUCAGUCUCUCCACAAGUCCAGCACAAGAAGCUCCAAGAUGCCGGACACAAUGUGUCAUGUCCAAGGAGCCCAGUUCCAACCUGGAGAGUGCCAUGCAGAUGCUCAUAAAGACCUUCCACAAGUACUCGGGGAAGGAGGGCGACAAGUACACGCUGAGCAGGGGUGAACUGAAGGAGCUGCUGCUAGAGGAGCUGGGGACUUACUUAGGGACCUCCAAAGAUAAUGAAGCAGUUGAGAAGGUGAUGAAUGACUUGGACGCCAACAACGACGGGGAGGUGGACUUCACCGAGUUCAUCAUCCUGAUGGGCGCCCUCACUGUCGCCUGCAACGACUUCUUCCUGGAGUUCAAGACAGACGACAAACCGAAAGACGAAAGCAAAGGCAAUUCGGCGGAGAAGAAAGAUUGAAUCAGUGGAAGAGGGAAGGGGGGGAGAAAAGUGGGAGGGAGAGGUGGAAAGAGGGAGAACAGGAGGGGGGACAAGGAGGAGGGGAAAGAGAUGUAAAUCAGGAGAGAUAGAGGACAGAGUUGCAAUGGAUUUUUGUUUUGUGCAAUUUGUAAACACUACAACUACACAUGAGGGGAGCGGUGCAGCAGAUAGUUUGUGGGUUCACAGAACACGGGGCAUUCAGCAGGAGUAGUGUUUUCCCUCUGCAACAAUUUGUUCACACCGCAGCAUAUCCGGAGCUAGUUGCACUGUUCUCAAAGCAGUGAGCGACUUCAGAUACAGAACAGGGUACAUUUCAACUUCUUUCAACUCAAACAUAGCAGUUUUGACCGUUUCUUGUAUGUUCGGAAUAAGGUACUGGAAGGAAAGGAAGAACGCACACAAGGAUGUUUGAGCAUUUCUUGCACAUGAAUAAUUUACGAACAUAUACUAAGUUACAGAUUAUCAUAGUGUUGUAUGUACUCAGUGUUGAACAAUAGAAUAUGAUUGCGCCUAUUUUGUAAUCCUUUUUGGUAAUAACCAAUGCAUCCUUCAAAAUAUUAAACAUGGUAUUUAUCCUA